AUGGAAGGUCGCUGCGAAGCUGAUGAGGAAGUUAAGCAAGGUUAUUCCAGGAAGCUGAUGAGCGUGUUGAGGUUAGAGAAUAUUGACCAAGUCUUGAGAUAUGCACGCCUUUCUGGGUACCUCCAUAUUACAAGUAGAUGGACUCGACUUCCUGGGGAGCCGCCUAUCAUAGACGAUGCCGAUGUGGAUGACUGGCUUCCCCGCUUUGUUGUCCUACAAGGACAGUGUUUAUACUACUAUCUGAAGUCUACAGGUAAGAUAAAAACUUUUGACAUACUGGUCUUGGUCAUCCAAUCACAGAUGAAUACGCAGCACUACUGGGAAUGGAAGGAAAGGGAAGGGAAGGGAAGGGUAUGGACGAGAGGAGGCAUCAGAUUCAGAUCUGAUCUACUGAAGCAAAGCAAAGCAAAACCAACCAACCAACCAAAAGCAGAUCUGAUCUACAUAAGAGAGAGAAGCAAGGUCUCCCUCUCCCUCUCCCACCCACACAAGCAGGAGAUGAGCAAGCUCUUCCACUCCGCCUGCAAGGCCGCCAGGUCCUUGAUCGCAUCCUCCUCCGCUCCGGCCCCGCGCGCCGCCUCCUCCCUCCUCGCAGACGGGAGGAACGCCGCGCUCGCCACCCUCGCCAACCUCGGCAGGAACUCCACCCUCCCCGCCGCAUACGCCCACCACCUCCACACCAACGCCUCCUCCCACGGCUACGCAUGGAUCGCCGCCAUCCCCGCCGCAGCCUACAUGCUCCAGGAUCAGGACGUGCAUGCCGCCGAGAUGGAGCGCACCUUCAUCGCCAUCAAGCCCGACGGCGUCCAGAGAGGCCUCAUUUCUGAGAUAGUGUCCCGAUUCGAGAGAAAAGGAUACAAGCUUGUUGCCAUCAAGCUGGUGGUUCCAUCCAAGCAGUUUGCCGAGAAGCACUACCAUGAUCUCAAGGAAAGACCUUUCUUCAGUGGACUGUGCGACUUCCUCAGCUCCGGUCCCGUGCUUGCCAUGGUAUGGGAAGGAGAGGGCGUUAUCAAGUACGGGAGGAAGCUGAUCGGUGCCACGGACCCAUCGAAAUCUGAGCCAGGAACCAUCAGGGGUGACCUUGCUGUUGUUGUUGGAAGAAACAUCAUCCACGGGAGCGAUGGCCCGGAGACAGCCAAGGACGAGAUCGCACUCUGGUUCCAGCCCAAGGAGCUGGUCUCUUACACCAGCAACGAGGAGAAGUGGAUCUACGGUGUGAACUAACCGCUGCAUCGUCUUCAGAAGAGCCAAAGAAGCUCCAGUCCCUUUCCGUAAUCGCGUCUAGACCAUGGCAGAGUGCAAUAACACCGUGACCCGGGCGACCUUUCAGUCGGUGUCGCCCUUGCCCUUGUCUCGUUCUGAUGCAAUAAGGCCCGAAGAAAUUUAAAGAGCUUGUACCUUUGAAUAUUAUAGAGCGUGCACCGAGCAAUCGUGAUGUUCAAAUCAAACCGUCGCCUUCAGGCACUUGAUUUUGAUGGAUGCUGUUUGUUUUCAUGUGUUGUCCAAAUUCAGGCCUAUAUUCUCUGCACUUUUCA